CAGGGGGCGGACCUCGCACCCGGACCACGGCCCACCGAGCAGGGAACCAGGACCAAAGGUUGUUGGAGACAUCGUCGAGGACCCGCCCGCUCCCACUCGGCCCUCCGUCCUCAUUCGUUCAUCCGCUCAUCCGUUCAUCCGUUCACCAGCUCAUCCUCUCCGACCACCUCGUCGUCAUAAAUCAGCUCGAGAGACGAGGGAUCACCAGCAAGUCCUGCAGCAGCUUUCACGGUUUUGAAGAUGAGUUACCCAGGAUACCCCUCACAGUCUGGUGGCUACCCCCCACAGGCAGGGGGCUACCCACCACAAGCUGGGGCGUAUCCACCCCAAUCGGGUGGCUACCCUCCGGCGGCAGGCGGCUACCCGCCAGCAGCAGGCGGCUAUCCUCCAGCAGCAGGCGGCUACCCCCCAGCAGCGGGAGGUUACCCCCCACAGGCAGGCGGUUACCCCCCUCAGGCUGGCGGUUACCCUCCCGCAGCAGGCGGCUACCCUCCUGCAGCGGGCGGCUACCCUCCCGCAGCGGGCGGCUACCCUCCAGCAGCAGGGGGCUUCCCUCCCCAGGCCGGUGGCUAUCCCGCUCCGGCUGGAGGCUUUCCUUCCCAGCCUCCUCAGGCUGGUGGAUACCCAGCACAACCUGGAGCAGGAGGCUACCCCUCCAUGCCUCCAUCAGGUGGAGGCUGGGGUGCAGCACCAGGUGGCUAUGGAGCGCCUGGAGGAGCUCCGCAGGGAUACCCAGCGGGUCCUGCCCCUGGCCAGCCCAUGCCGGGUAAUCCCGGAGCCCCUGCAACUCAACCUGGAUAUGGAGGUGGAGUCCCAUCCAACCCCCAGGCACCACCCGUUCAUAAAGGAUACAGAGGAUCCAUUAAAGAUUAUCCAGGUGCAGAUCCACUGAGGGAUGUUGAAGUUCUCAGAAAAGCCAUGAAGGGUUUUGGCACCGAUGAAAAUGCUAUCAUCGAGCUCUUGGGAAGUCGCACCAACAAACAGAGGGUGCCGAUGGUAGCAGCCUUCAAAACUACUUACGGGAAGGAUUUAAUCCAUGAUGUGAAGUCUGAGCUCACUGGAAACUUUGAGAAGCUGGUUCUUUCCAUGUUGAAGAGCCCAGCGCACUUCGACGCAACUGAACUCAGAGAUGCUAUAAAGGGUGCAGGAACAGAUGAAGCCUGCUUGAUUGAGAUUUUCUCAUCCCGUACCAAUGCAGAUAUUGUUGAGAUCAACAGAAUUUACAAAGCUGAGUAUGGGAAAAGCCUGGAAGACUCCAUCAGCAGUGACACCUCUGGUCACUUCCGGAGACUCCUGAUCUCUCUCUGUCAGGGAAAUCGUGAUGAAAGGGAGACUGUCGACAUCUCUAUGGCUAAGCAGGAUGCUCAGAAACUAUAUGCUGCUGGGGAAAAUAAGGUGGGGACUGACGAGUCUCAGUUUAAUGCCAUCCUGUGUGCUCGGAGCAAGCCUCACCUUCGGGCAGUUUUCCAAGAGUACCAGCACAUGUGUGGAAGGGACAUCGAGAAGAGUAUCUGCAGGGAAAUGUCUGGAGAUGUGGAAUCUGGCAUGGUGGCUGUCGUGAAAUGCAUCAAGAACACCCCUCUCUACUUUGCAGAGAGGCUCCACAAGGCCAUGGCGGGAGCAGGGACUAAGGACACAACCCUCAUCCGUAUCAUGAUCUCCCGCUCUGAGAUCGACAUGUUGGACAUCAGACAGGAGUAUUUGAAGAAAUAUGGAAAGUCACUGUACACCGGCAUCUCUGGAGAUACUUCUGGGGAUUAUAAGAAACUGCUGUUGAAGUUGUGCGGCGGAAGCGACUAGACCGACAGGGAGAGAACCUUUCGUAAGGACAUUUAAUACGUCCUUACCUACAUAAUGCUAUCGGACCUUAUAACCCCUCUGAUGCAUGCAGCUAAUGUCAAUGACUAUAUUCAAUCAAUAUUAAUAUUCACGUCCGAGUUGUGAUUUUUGCUUCAAUCCUAGAUGCAGUGACAAAUCAGAAUUUAAAAAAAAAAAAAAAUGCUGUAGAUGCUUCUAUUAUUAUUAUUAUUGUUGAAAAAAAAAUGUAUGUUUGUGUGAGCUCAUCCGUACUGAUAUAGUAAUAACUACGCUUUAUCUCAUAGAAAAAUAUUUAAAAUGUACUACCAAGGCCAAAACCCUGAAAUGUGUGUCAAUUUUUAGUUAUCAUGGAAGAAGCUCAUUUGAGGAAAUAACAAAGUAAGAAAUGAACUAACACGUGGCACUUUUUUAUUAUAUACAAUAUAGUGCAUAUCCAGUCAAAUAUUUAGAAUAUUGCUUUACCUCACUAUUUGCAUGUAUUAUUAUGCAACUUUUUUGAAAUGAAAUCAAACUGGAUCUUGUAUAAGAACACAUCAUCACGUGACUCUUGUACAAGUAGUUACAAUUAAAUUUCAGGUAAAUUUUGAAUGUAAGGAAUAAAGACCUGGGGAAGGAAUCUCGCUUGCCUUUUCACUGUUUGAAAAGAUUUUGAAUUACGUAACAAGUGUUGUUUAUUUAUCCCUUGUAGUCGUCAUCCAAUGUUGCCUUUUGCUCGGUGCAGAGAAGCCAAAGUCUACAGACAGAUCAUGUGCCUUUUGUGAGCUUUGCUGUGUAAACUGACGUUUCACUGUGCUUUGACUUGCAAACAAGCUGUAGUCAUACUGGUGUACCAACGGAAAAGUCAUUUGACAUUAUUUUUAUUUUGCCGUCUUUUGUGUCCUUCGCUGGGUGGUAUGUUUUACCGCCAGCAGAGGGCUCUUUGCUACUUUGAGCUGAGUAUCUCUUGCACUUACAGCAUUCAUAACAAGUCCUACUUGUAACAGAAUAAUUGAAUGUCAGUGGAUGUCUUUUUUUUUUUCCUUUUGUUUUAAAACACCAGUUCAUUUCAAUAAAAGACACUUUGACAUA